UGUUCUGUUACAAGCAACAGCAAAUCUAUCAAAAUGUUUAAAAACCAUUUGGAAAUGAUUGGUCGCAAUGAGACCCCCAGCAAGAAGGCGAAAUUCUGGCAAUCUUACAUCAGAUCCCUGAAGGGUUCCGAAGAUAUCCGUGCCCAUGAGACUCCACGCGCCAGCCGCCCAUACAGCUCGUACUUGGACUCACCAGCCACAUACAGGAGCAUCUUCGAUACGCCAGCCACUGCCAAUGAGCGUGUGCAAUCGCAUGGCUACAGAUACUUGCCUGUGAGCAGAGACACUUAUGGCUAUUCGCCACGUGCCAUCUAUGAUCAUCAUUACAGCAGAACAAUUCCAGCCAACUACGACGCAGAGAGGGCUUGGAAUGAUCACUUGAAGCGCAUGCAAGAAAUUGAACGCAGAUACCCAUCUCGUUAUGGUCUCUACCUGAAGGACAAGCCAUACACACCAAACGCUUUGGUGCCCUUGGAAUACGAGCCAGAAGAUAAGCUGCUCCAAGAACUCAACAAGGCUCGUCGCUCACCAUCACCAUCACGUCCUGGCCGUUGGAUUCGUGCUGGCAGUGAACCCUAUGUGCCACCACCAGUAUACCGUGAACCGAGUGUGUCGCGCGCUUCACGCGCACCCUCCGCCUUCGAACGGGCACGCAGCUUGGCGCCAUCCUUGUUCGAUCGUGCACGCAGCUUGGCUCCCAGGCCAUUGUUCCGUGCCAGCUCGUUGGAACCAUUGGAUGAACUCUUUGAUAGUAAGUUAGCAAAUGCUGUUGCAUCGAGACCUUUUGAGCGUGCCGGCUCACCAAGUCCCACUCCCGUUAAGGCUGGCCGCUGGGGACCGCGUCCCACUGAAGUCGCCUAUGAUGCUAAUGGACUUCCAAUCUUCCAUCCACGCAACCGCUACAGGGAUUUGUUGAACCCCAGCCCCUUUGCACCCAUCUCAGCAUUUACGCGUGAUCCGUUCUGGUGGGAUGCCGCUGAUUUGAUACCCCUCCGUGCCCUCUCCGUGCCACGCUACUCCAGUCCAAUUGCACGUGACUCGUAUUUGUCGCCAGUGAAGAAUCGUUACUUGUGGUCGAGACAUCCAGUUAGACCAUUGACCCCUGAUGGCGAAGAAAUUUUCUAAAUGAAAAGAAAUUUUCCAAUAACUUUGCAAAUGAUCGAUAACGACAAACAAAGUAAUACUUACAACGAAACGUAACGGCUGUAAAUGCAUCAUUUAACAAACUGAAAUAAUAACAAAAAAAAAAAUAUCUGUUUAAGAUUCGAAAAAAAAAAUUACAACUCCAUGCAACAUAAAAAACGUACAUAAAAGUUGAAACAUCGUUAAAUAAAUAUGUCAUCAGAACGAAAUACUAAACGUACAUACAUAUACUAGUAGUGAAUUAGUAAAAAACUACAUUUAUGUAUUCCAAUUUUAUGUUCUAACCAACAGCCAACCUUUAGAGCCAAAUCAAAUUGUUAAAUAGAUAGAAACAAUUGCAAAUUUUCCGCACAUUGUUAUAAAAUAAAAAUUGCACAUCGCACGAUUUUCUAAAUACGACGACAACGCGAACAUUGUUUUAUUUAGUAAACAAGUAAAACGAACUAUGAAACGAGGGCUAACUCAAAAAAACGAAACCAUUAAAAAUAAGUCGACCUUAUCCAAUAAACGAAAAUUUUUUCAACGCAUCAAAAUAUCAACAUCAACAACAAUUAAAACAACACCACAUGGCAGAAGGAAUUAGAAAAUCUUAAAAAUAACGAUGUGGGUGAACAACAGCAAUACAAAAACAACAAGAACAACAAAAAAGUAGAAACGAAAUAAAAAUAUUUUCGCUUUAAACAGCAACGAAACAACUUGUGUACUUAUGUAUUGUACUUAAAAAAAAAUUGUAUUUUUUUGUGUAAAAUAUGUAUUUAUUUAAAUUUUUUACGCUGCCAAUGACGAACAAUGGAAAAUAAUAUUAGUAAAUGAAAAGCGAAAUAUAAAUUAAAAAAUAAUAUAUAUAUACUUUAUAAAUAAAUAAAAGCCAAAAAUAAAAAAAGACCUAAGUGCAUAUUUCUCGAGGUUUGUUUUUGCGUACAACAGCGAAAACCGAAUUAUUAUUUUUUUAAUGUUAAAAUUUUAUUAUUAACUGCAGUAAUUUUGCGAUAAGUAUUGCAAGCAAAAGAAAAACUGGUUUACAUUUAUUGUAGAAGUGAAGAGGAAAAGUUUCAAAGAGAGGCUAAAAGAGUGUAAUAUUUAAAAAAUUGCUGGGUGAGAUCCAUGAAUUCAGUAAUUAUGUCAAUAAAAACUGAAGCGAAGAAGAAGAAGAAGAUGAAGAAUAAUUAUAAUAAGAAGUAGAAGUGUUCCUUUUUUGUAUAUUUGUGUAAGUUGUAUUUAAAAAAAAUUUAGCUAAGCAGAAAAAGUAUGAAAAUAAAAGUAUAAAAAUGCUAAAACACCAACAAAUGUGCACGCACAUCGCAGGUGCAUAUAAUUGUAAAAUUUACAAUUUAUGUUGUAAAAGUGAAUUAAAAAAAACAAGGUAUUUGUAUUAAAAUAUAAAAUGUAUUGUAUGUCUGCCAACUUUUUAUAAGAAAGGAAAUGUAAUAGAAAUAAAAUGCAAUUACGACAACAACAACAACAACA